AUACAAACACAUCUAUAACAACAAAAUUAAUCUGUCUCUCCCCAUGAAAUAACCAUGCAUACAAACAAACAACCUUCCCCAGUCAUGCAGUUUCACUCAUACUGUGUAGUAUGCUGCAUACAUGAUUCAUGAUGACGACACAGCACUCUCUCAACUACCCAGGAAUGGCACUCCAACGCAGAAUAUACUAAGUACUACUACACACAACAGACAACACUCCAAAACCCUCCCAUCCCAAUCCCUUCUCCAUUUCCCAUUCCCACAUUCUAACUACUAUUAAUCCCCUAAUACCUAAUCAAUCACCAUACCACUCCCAUAUUAAAUAUGAAGGAAAUGUGCGACAUCCCCUUCCUCCCCAUCUUCCCCAUCUGCUUCCAAUGCGGAACCGACCAGAAUCCCUGUCGCUGUAAGGUCGUGGGGCCGACAUUAGGGUUUAUUUGUACGGUGGUCGCGGCUGUCAUUUGCUAUCCGGCGUCGAUUUUCUGUGGAUGUUGUUUGACGCAGACUGGGAAGGAUGUUCUUGGAUACCCGGUCAAAAUCAAUGGGGCCGUGAGCAACGCAAUACCCAUCUAGUAAUAGUAGUAGCUACAUCUUUAAGUAAUAGGUAGACU